UAGAAUUAAGUAGCUGGAACAACGCGAGCGAAUUAAUUGCGACGUGUUUUGAAUCAGUCACCGGACGGCGGCCAGACGGAGCACACACAUUCACACCCAGUAAUCUCUCGAUCGCGAUGGGAAUCGAUGGCGAUAUGGAUAGUUUCGCUGGCGAUAUCUUGCGGCCACUCAGCGAUAGCGAAGUGGACCAGCUGCUCGAUCUCUACAAGGCCAAGUUUGGCGUGAGGAAUUUCCAUUAUUUGCUGAUGUACAACCAGCGGAAAUGGGACCGCCAGCUAGACGAGGCCCAGAUUUUGCGCUCCGAUCCCGCGUAUAUAUCCCUGCGCAAACAGUUCUUCACCCAUCGCAGCGGGGACUUCCGAAAGUGGGGCACCUAUGUUAGCCUUCAUCGGGACAUUGUCCAAAGUGUUUCGUUCUUCAGCUGGCAGUCGGAUGGAGCGGCCGAGAUGUGGCAGUGCCUGGAGGAAACCAAACGCAUCGAGUGGACGCAGGGCGCCCUCUUGACCAAUGUGGAUCUGGACUUUUGUGAACGGGUUAAGGAGCUGGCUGGCCAGCGUGGUGUCACCGAAAUGCAGCCGCGUCAGUGCUACGGCAUGGUUCUGCCACAUCAGGCGGCUCUCGACACCGAAGUGCCGGAGCUGCUCUCUGAGUUCGAUAUGCGACGGCUGACGGACGAGGAUGCGGCCAUGGUACACGGCACCUGGCCCAACAAGGGCGAGGGCUCAUUGGCCUAUCUUCGGGCACUGAUCCGGUUCAACAGGACGAUGGGCAUUUGCCGGAGCGACACGGGCGAGCUGAUAGCCUGGAUCUUCCAGAACGACUUCUCCGGCCUGGGCAUGCUGCAAGUUCUGCCCAAGGCGGAGCGACGUGGCUUGGGCGGUCUUCUAGCCGCUGCCAUGACACGCAGAAUAGCCAGGGGCGAGCCGGAUCUCACACUGACCGCCUGGAUAGUGGCCACCAACUGGCGCUCGGAGGCGUUGCUCAAGAGGAUUGGGUACCAGAAGGAGCUGGUCAACGAGUGGAUCAAGUUGUUGUAGAGAGUCUUGGCGUGGGAUAAAGGUUGGUUAGUUUUUGGGGGGCUUGGGUUUAGUUCAGUUCGGUUUAGUCAGGUCAGGAACUAAAUGUACAUAUGUAUGUGCGUUAAAUCGAUAUUCUAUUGGAAGAUAAAUAAAUAAAAUCACAUAAUUUUUUGAUAAAAUCUAUGUUUU